AAACAUCAUCAACGUUAAAUUUGUCGAGAUACAGAUGUAAAAAAAGAUAGUUCUUUGUAUUGAUUAUUUGUCUAACCACAUUGAUUAAAUUUUCGUCAACUCUAUAUAAAUAAAACAUCUUGAAUUUAAUUUGUUAUUAAUAAUUAACUGAUAAAUUGAUCUUAUAUGAAAUAAAAAAGUGAAUUUUGAGGUAAUAUAUUUAAUAAAAUGUCUUUGUUGUAUAGGUGAUUAUAUGGGACCUGGACCAAGAGCAGGAACUGGAAAACAUCGAUAUAUUUAUUUACUUUAUCAAUCAAUUGAAAAAGUUAAACAAGAGAAUAUAUUUCUCGAUAUUCCUCAACGUCGAAAAUUUCCGUUGGAAAAAUUCGUUUGUGAUAAUCAUCUUCAAUUGAUUGAUUUGACAUUCUUUACUCUUCAUGCUUAA